AUGUCAGACCAAAACCCAAACUCGCUACAAGAUCCCUCAUUCUCAUCCGGCGCACAAACGCUCGACUAUCCCGAAUCGUUGCCUAUCACUUCUCAGCCAGAAGCAGAAAGUAAACCUAGAUUGAAACCUUUCAUCGAAGCGCCGCAAGGCGAAGGUACUCGAAACCAACCUCUGGGCUCAGAAGCUCUAGGUGAUCCUGUAGGGUGCGGUCCAGAUCAAUGGGGGAAAUGGCUGAUGGCUUGUGGUCGAUGCUAG